CAAUAAAUUAAGCCUAUAUGUAAGCGAGAGAUUGACUCAGAUCUGCCCCCCCACCAGAUCUCCAAUGGUCAAUCAGUGUUAUUCAGGAAUAGAAACAAUAACUAAUUAAUUAAUGAAGCUAAUGAGCCACUUGAUAGCAGGAGGCUUGUGUGAACAGGACAGUUAAAUCAGUGACCUAAGUUGUUUUAUUGAUGUUUUUUUUUUUUUUUUAUUUCAACGCUGAGAAAGAUUGAAAAUACUUAAUUUUUCCAUCAAUUAGUCUAGGGUUGACAUGAACUGAAUAGGCAGGAUUUAAAAAAAAAUGUUUUUCUCCAAAGUGCUCUUAAACAGCCACUUGAUUACAUAUUCAUUUUUUUUUCUUACAGCUCUGAACAUUAACAGGAAAAUAACACUGAAACAGAAUGUCGCAUACCUUUUGUCUGAAAAGGUGAAAUCUUUUCAGAUAGAAAUGGCUGAUAAGGGUGGGAAGAUGCUUCCAGGACAAUUGUACAUUCAAGUGGAAUAUGACUAUGAGUAUGAGGCCAAGGACAAGAAAAUUGUGAUCAAGCAAGGGGAAAAAUACAUCUUAGUGAAAAAGACUAAUGAUGAUUGGUGGCAAGUCAAAAGAGAUGAAAAUUCCAAACCCUUUUAUGUGCCAGCACAGUAUGUGAAGGAAAUACCCCGGAAAGCACUGAUGCCACCUGUGAAGCAGGCAAGCAUGCUGCCAAAUAACACCUUGAAGUUGACACAUGGAUUACAGAGAUCAACAGAAAAUGUGAAUAAGUCACCAGAGCUUUCUAGUUUUGGAAAAUCUUCUCCAGUUCAAGUGUCUUGCUUAGUUCGAGAUGCCAAUCAAAAUCUGGGACCGAACAAUAGCCCCUGUCAAACUUUUGGUUUGAGUCUGGACCUUACCCAGAACAAUGGAAAACUUAACAAUGAGUUGCAAUCUCCCAAGGUUUCCAAUCAGUUUAGAACCAUUUCCAUGGGUCAUUUCCCAUGCCCGGAGUUCUUGGAAAUAGAGAAAACCAGCUUUUUGCAUGAACAGUCUUGUGAUUCAGCAGGAGAAGGCUCAGAAAAAAUUCACCAAGAUUCGGAGUCCGGAGAUGAGCUCAGUAGUAGUUCCACAGAACAAGUGCAGCCAACUACUCCACCAAGCCAAGGGAGGCCUGAUUCACCAGUUUAUGCUAAUUUACAAGAACUGAAAAUAUCUCAGUCUGCACUUCCACCACUACCUACAAGUGCUCCAGUCCAAAUAAAUGGGGAAUGGGAAACCCAUAAAGACACGACAGGACGCUGUUAUUACUACAACAGAGGAUCACAGGAACGAACCUGGAAACCUCCGCGGUGGGCCCGGGAUGCAAGCAUUAAUAAAGGGGAUUCCCAGAGCCAUGCAGAUCAUGAGCAUCUUUCAUCAGAAGAAAACGACCACAGUUCUUGUUACAGCCAGUCAGAUAGUCAGUAUGGUUCUCCUCCAAAGGGUUGGUCAGAAGAGUUGGAUGAACAUGGUCAAACCUUAUAUACCAAUGACUAUACUAAUGAAAAGUGGAUAAAACACGCAGAUGAACAAGGCAGACCAUAUUAUUACAGUGCUGAUGGUUCCAGAUCAGAGUGGGAGUUGCCUAAGUAUAAUGCUUCACCACAGCAGCAGAGAGAUAUAAUAAAGAGUAGGAGUCUGGACAGAAGGCUACAGGAGCCAAUAGUUUUAACAAAAUGGAGGCACAGCACAAUUGUGCUGGACACCAACGACAAGGAAUCAUCAACUGCUUCUAAGGCCGGUUUUCCUGAAAAUGAGUCAUCUCCUUCUUCACCAAAGCAUCAAGCCACAGGUCAAGAAAAGUAUGGGUUAUUAAAUGUGACAAAAAUUACAGAAAAUGGGAAGAAGGUUCGAAAGAAUUGGAUGUCAUCAUGGGCAGUGUUACAAGGGUCAUCACUACUGUUCACUAAAACCCAAGGAAGUGGAACUGGCUGGAAGUUUGGUGUUAAUCAGUCUAAGCCAGAAUUUACAGUGGAUCUCAAAGGGGCUUUGAUUGACUGGGCCUCAAAGGACAAAUCCAGCAAAAAGAAUGUUAUUGAGCUAAAAACUCGUCAAGGUACUGAACUCUUAAUUCAAUCAGAUAAUGACAGCUUUAUUAAUGAAUGGUAUAAAGUUCUUAACUACACCAUCAAUAAUCAGGUAAUAGAGUCUGAUGAAGCAUUAGACGAUGAGGUACCAGAUUCACCUGGAGUGGAAAAACAAGACAAAGAGAAAGAAAAUAAAGACUCUAAGAAACUUCGUUCAGUGAAAGCUCCCAGCAAUAUAGAUUCCACAGAUCAGAAAAAGACCAAAACAAAGCUCAAGAAGUUUCUUACACGGCGCCCUACAUUACAAGCUGUCCGUGAAAAAGGCUACAUUAAGGAUCAAGUUUUUGGUUCAAAUCUCACCAGCUUGUGUCAAAGAGAAAACAGCACGGUGCCAAAGUUCGUGAAGCUGUGCAUUGAGCAUGUUGAGGAACAUGGUUUAGAUAUUGAUGGCUUAUACAGAGUUAGUGGAAAUCUUGCAGUGAUACAGAAGCUGAGAUUUGCAGUCAAUCAUGAUGAGAAGCUGGACUUGAGUGACAGCAAAUGGGAAGAUAUACAUGUCAUUACAGGAGCUCUAAAAAUGUUCUUCAGAGAAUUGCCAGAGCCACUGUUCACUUACAACCACUUCAAUGACUUUGUCAAUGCAAUCAAGCAAGAACCAAGGCAGCGUGUCCCUGCUGUUAAAGAUUUAAUCAAACAGUUGCCAAAACCAAAUCAGGACACGAUGCAGGUACUCUUUAGACACCUGAAAAGAGUUGUAGAAAAUGGAGAGAAGAACCGAAUGACCUAUCAAAGUAUAGCAAUAGUUUUUGGUCCAACCUUAUUAAAACCAGAGAAAGAGACUGGUAACAUAGCAGUCCACACAGUAUACCAGAACCAGAUUGUAGAGUUAAUUCUACUGGAAUUGAAUUCCAUCUUUGGACGCUGACAUUUUUCUUGGAGAAGAAACUGGAAGUGAUGGGUUGGCAGCAGUACUUCAUCAGAAGGAAAAUCUCUUGCUGUAUGUGAUGUUUUAUGUUUGUGGACCAAGCAGCAACUUGUUUUUUGCACUUUUGGGGAGGAGAGAAACAGGAGAAAUGUUUGACCACUUUAAAGUGAAUUAAAGACAACACUUCAGAUUUCUUUGAAAAGUUCAAUAUAAAAAGUGAAUUGAAAAGUUUAUAGUUUGCCUUUUUAAGUAUCAUUGGAAAAAUUUAAUGUAGGUUCAUACACUGGAUUUCUCGGAGAGUAAAACUAAUAAUCUCAGACUGGAUAAUCUGGAAUUUAAUCUCGAAAUUCUUCCAUAUGAUGGGGAAAAGUUCUACCAUUUUUCCUGGUAUGGAAAAAUUCAGUGAAGUCGCAUCUUAAGCUUGUUUAUUACAACGUACUUACAUCUGUAUGACACACUUUUCCAAGGGGUUUCUGCAUGCAGUGACUGUCAUAGACUUGCACUAACAAUUU